UUCAGCCCUUAUGGAUUCAUGCACAAGGACGUCCCAUGAAAUGGAGCUGACCCUUGCUGAAAAAGAAGCAAAUGGAUUAGACAAUCCCACUUUUAUUACUGAUGAUGGCAAACAUUGUAACAUCCCUGAAGAAGAUCCUACAGUUCUAGAUUAUGAAGAAAACCCAGAAGACUUCAGCAGGCAAGGUGGUAACAAGCUGGCAUACACUGUCACAGAUAUACCUCCAUGGCAUCUUUGCAUCUUCCUGGGAAUUCAGCAUUACCUGACUGCCCUUGGAGGUCUCGUUGCAAUUCCACUCAUCCUUUCCAAAUCACUUUGUCUGGAGCACGACACUCUGACACAAAGUCACUUGAUCAGCACCAUCUUUUUUGUCUCAGGGAUCUGCACUCUUCUUCAAGUUAUCUUUGGAGUAAGGCUACCUAUCCUACAAGGAGGAACCUUUGCAUUUUUAACUCCUUCACUGGCCAUGCUCAGUUUGCCCUCCUGGAAGUGCCCAGCUUGGACCAAUAAUGCCAGCAUGGUGGAUCCUACUUCCCCAAAAUUCAUUGAUUUAUGGCAGGUUCGAAUGAGAGAGUUGCAGGGAGCAAUUAUGGUAGCAUCUUGCUUCCAAAUUUUUGUUGGCUUUUCCGGUCUCAUUGGAUUCUUGAUGCGGUUCAUUGGACCCCUGACUAUUGCUCCAACCAUAACUUUAGUGGCGCUGCCUCUCUUUAGCUCGGCAGGAAAAGAUGCUGGAGAACACUGGGGGAUAGCAGCCUUAACGAUUUUCUUCAUAGUUUUAUUCUCUCAGUAUCUGAAAAAUGUACGUGUUCCAGUACCAUCCUACCAAAAAAGAAAAAAAUGCCAUUUCUCCAAGAUCAACCUCUUUCAGAUCUUUCCAGUGCUGUUUGCUCUCACAAUUACGUGGCUAUUAUGUUUUGUACUGACCAUCACCAACGUUCUUCCUUCAGAUACAAGAGCUUAUGGUUAUUUAGCUCGGACUGACAGCAAAGGUGAUGUCAUAAGCAAGGCACCCUGGUUUCGAUUUCCUUACCCAGGCCAGUGGGGAGUGCCCACAAUUAGUUUGGCUGGUGUAUUCGGCAUCAUAGCUGGAGUGAUCUCCUCCAUGGUGGAGUCAGUGGGAGAUUACUAUGCCUGUGCUCGUUUGUCUGGUGCUCCACCCCCUCCCAAGCACGCAAUCAAUCGUGGAAUCGGAGUAGAAGGGAUUGGCUGCCUUCUGGCUGGAGCCUGGGGAACAGGAAACGGUACCACUUCUUACAGUGAAAAUGUUGGAGCUUUGGGGAUCACCCGGGUAGGUAGUAGAAUGGUCAUUGUAGCUGGUGGCCUUGUUCUGCUUUUGACUGGCAUGUUUGGCAAGAUUGGGGCUGUGUUUGCCAGUAUUCCAACACCCAUCAUUGGAGGAAUGUUUCUUGUGAUGUUUAGUAUCAUCACAGCUGUGGGGGUUUCUAAUUUACAGUACACAGACAUGAAUUCUUCAAGAAACAUAUUCAUCUUUGGAUUUUCUAUAUUUGCUGGCUUGACCAUUCCACACUGGGUGCAGAAUAAUACAGACAAACUAACAACAGGAACUGUACAGCUAGACCAAGUGAUCCAGGUCCUGCUAACUACUGGCAUGUUUGUUGGUGGAUUCCUGGGCUUUUUUCUUGAUAACACUAUUCCAGGAAGCCAGGAAGAGCGAGGACUCCUUGCUUGGAGAAAAGAUUAUAAUGAAGAGUCUGAUGGUGCUGUGAAUAACUUGCACAUCUAUGAUCUUCCAUUUGGAAUAGGGUCCAAGUUCUGUGUUGCUAUCUGGUUUAAAUAUCUUCCAAUAUGUCCUAAGCAGAUGGCUACCAGAGGUGCACAGGAACAGAAGAGCAACAAAGCUGAUUUUGAAAGGAACUCUGAUAAUGAUAUUAACACAAAGGUUUAAAUCUGCAUCAGAAGGGGUGGGGUGGGGGACCUGGUUUCCUAAGCUUCUGAAAAAUUAUCUUCUUUUUUGUGUGUUUUGUGGCCCUUGAUUGUUUGUGGCUCAAGGCUAAUGUCCAAAAAACAGUUCCAUUAUUUCCUCUUCCCCACCCCUGACUGGGAGAAUCCUGAAUGUCAAUUUCUUUAUAGUAUCAUUUCAGGAAAUCAUUUAUUUAAGGAGUGGGGAGUGGGUAGCAUGGGAAAGAAUUUUCUUCCCAUGAUGGAAAACUGUUGCCCAGAAAAUCUGAGAAUAAUUAUUGGGAAGAUGAAUAAAUCCUAAAGCAUCGGGCUAAAGUUUCAGGAAUAAUACAGCCUUUAUGUCAGCUGAACUGAUUGGAUGCAGUUGAUCAAAUCCUAAAUUUGUCUGCUUUGGACUUUUGGUGUCCCCUGUUUUUUCAGAAUGGUUAAGUCUAUAAAAGCUCUGGAGGAUAGUAAACUC